AUGUAUGGCCCCUCCAAGAGUAGAUCGAGGGAGGAGAUGAUAAGUUAUGUCAAGAAACGGACAUUCUCGACAGAAGAAAAUAUGGAGACCGAAGAGUUGCCGCAAACCCCCAAUCCUGGUAAAUCGGAGGAUUCUACAGCCAACACCGGUGAACCGAGUAACUGUGAGGCUGUUGAUUCUGCCCGCGGGGCUUCCACAAAUAGAGCAGAGUUUGUAAAACCGAAGAAAACCACAAAUUUGAGCAAAAUCAUUUCUGUGACAUCUAUUGAGAAGAGGAAAGCCGUUGAACUGCAAAAUCGAUAUUCUUCUCUCAGUGAGAGUGAAACAGAGGACGAACACAGAGGUAUUACUCAGAAGAACACCAAAAGACUAAAGAAAAUACACAAGAAGAGCACGAUGAAAGAGGGUCAGACAAAUCAGAUCAACCCAAGCAAAACAAUAAUAACGAACGAUAAAAUUAUAAGCCGAAAACCUAGUCAACCACCGCCAAUUGUAUUAAAGGGAAACAAGUACAUGAUCGUUACAGACAAUAAUGUCACCCUCAAGUGGCUCAACCAGUUCAUCAGACACCUGUUGAACAUACGGGUGUAUUGGGAGAGGCGCAACAACGAAAGGGGCAUUAUCCAGUGCCACCGGUGCCAGCUGUGGGGACACGCGACCUCAAACUGUAACAGGGCAUUCAAGUGCCUGAAAUGCGCCGGAGACCACGCAACAUACACGUGCGAAAAGUCGACGGACAUCCCGGCAAAAUGCUUCAAUUGCAAAGGGGAUCAUCCGGCAAACUCCAAAGAAUGCCCUGUUUACAGAAAGAAGGUUGAACAGUUAAUCCAGACGACACCCACAUCAGCGAAGGCUCCGGAACAGAUUACAAAAACAAUCCCAGCGCCACUCCCCACAAAACAGGCAUGGGCAACACGCACCAGCCAGCCCAGCACAUUAAACAACGAGGAUUUCCCAGCACUCAAACCCACCCGAGGAGGCGCCGACGGACACCGAACAGCUAAGUUGUCUAAUAACAACCAAACCAUUGAAUUCACACAGAUUGUUUCAGAGAUGGACCAACUGCGCACCAAGAUGAAUCUGCGAGGCCUCCUGCAAGCGCUGAAGAACCUCAACAGCAUGCUAGACAUAAAACAGUCCCCUUCCCAAAAGUUCAUGAUUUUCAUGAACUUCUGCGAAACUUCCCUGGACAGCUAUGAAUUAUAG